AAGCUUCUCUCUUCCUCUCAGCUUCUUCGCUCCUAUUUUCUUUUGACUUAUAGCCCGUCAUGCACGAUCUCUUUUCUCUCAAAUUACAUGUUUUGAUCUUGAUUUUUGCUCAAUAUAAACUGAGUCUUUGAUCAAUCAUCGCUCUGAUAAUCCAAUUCCAUUGUUUUUGCGCUUUACAGAAAAAUGAUGGGAGUUGUGGUACCAUUAAGCAUUGCCAGUUUUCCUGCUUCUCCAAAUAUUUAUCUGAAGUCCUGCCAUUACAGGUGUCCAUUACGGAUUUUUUGAGCUCAAGGAUUAGGCUACAAUGCGUGCACCAUCACUUCUUUCACAUUGCUUGCCCGGCUUGGCACCCCAUGACCAGGGAAGUCAUAGCAUGUCCUCCGUUUCUGAAAGAGAUGUGCAUCUCCCUUCACCAGCUGUGGAGAUUAUCCCAUCAAAGACUGCUCACCCUUACAAGUAUGCUGGGGAGAAUGUAGACUUGCAAGGGAUCAAUGUUUUUAAGGGAAGAAUUAGUGUUGCUGAUAUAAUCAGUUCUGCUGGCUCAGAAAUGAUAUCUUCAAAACAUGAUGGACUGCUGAAAUGUUGGGACAGCUCAGUUGAUCUUCUUAAUGUCCUUAAGCAUGAGGUUCGUGAUGGACAAAUGAGCUUUAGAGGCAAAAGGGUACUUGAGCUAAGUUGCAGCUGCGGACUUCCAGGAAUCUUCGCUUGUCUGAAGGGAGCUGCUACAGUGCACUUUCAAGACCUGAAUGCCGAAACUAUAAGAUGCACAACUAUCCCUAAUGUCCUGGCCAACCUUGAGCAGGCUCGGGACAGGCAAAGCCGACAGCUGGAGAGCCCCCUAACUCCAUCGAGGCAAACUCUGGCUCCGGCAGUACAUUUCUUUGCUGGGGAUUGGGAAGAACUUCCCACAGUCUUGUCUGUCGUGAGGAAUGAUGGGUUUGAAGUUCCAAAACCAACCAGCCUCAGCUUUUCCGAGGAGGAUUUUAUGGAUGGUUCUAGUAGCCAAGAUGGAAGCAUUGUAGGGCAUGAAUCUUCCUCAAGGAGAUCAAGGAAGCUCUCUGGAAGCCGAGCAUGGGAGAGGGCUAGUGAGACGGACCAAGGUGAAGAGGGUUAUGAUGUGAUUUUGAUGGCGGAGAUUCCAUACUCAUUUUCUUCUUUGAAGAAGCUAUAUGCUCUUAUAAAAAAGUGCUUGAGGCCACCCUAUGGAAUAUUGUUCUUGGCCGCGAAAAAGAAUUACGUUGGCGUCAACAGUGCAGCACGGCACCUGAGAAGUCUUGUGGAUGAGGAAGGCAUUUUUGGAACCCAUUUAGUCAAAGAGAUGUCUGAUAGAGAGAUUUGGAAGUUCUUUCUCAGAUGAAAAUAAACAAAUAAAUAAAUAAAGUACUAAAACUCACAGGAACUAGUAGUAAAUCAUCUAAAAUUAGGGUUUUGUUUUUAGUCCUGUUUGUACAAUUCACAUUACAUGGAUUUUACCAUUAUUAUUUUAUUUUUUAUAUGUUGGUAAUUAAGUCUCAGAAUUGAAAAGAGAAGCUGGUGGAUUUUUAUUUUGUUGUCUUAUGUAAUCAAUCUGUCUUCCUCUCCAGUUUAAUCUAAAUUGUAAAUCAAAAUAUUACUUAAUUUAUUUAUUUUUUUA